CCUACUUUCAUUUUCAAGCUCACAACACUUGACUGGCUGGUAAACAAGAACAACACAGGAAGAACAGAUACCAUUUUAGGAUGAAAUCAAUACUUUGUAAAGCAUGUCAAGGAAUCAGAGGAUGCACCUCAUGACAAAUGGGACCUAUAUUAUCCUCUAUGAAGCAUGGGACGAAUACUGUAGAAAGUGAUGAGCAAUAUGAAGCUGUUGAAUCAAUUCGCACAAAUGAUCUUCAGUGGUUCAAGGCCAUAUACGGCCGUAGUCGGCACGUGGACAAUGAAACUCUUGUAAGUCUAGUCUCACUAAUCAUGCAGUAUGGGCGAGUCAAAUUUCUCAAGUUCCUUAUUGAAGAUGAAAAAUGCAAUGUGCAUGUCAGAGAAAAUGGCAGCCAGGACUCCAUGCUGCAUCUGUGUUCAAAUUUCAAAUCUACAAAUAACACAAUGGAGUGCUGCAAUAUCUUACUGUCAAAUAAAAUUGACAUAAAUGCAAAGAACGUUUGGGGAAGAACUCCCCUCAUCGGGGCCAUUGUGGCAUUCAGAUACAAUUUAGCCAAAGCGUUGAUCGCUCACAAUGCUGAUGUCAAUUUAUGCGACUCCAAUGGACUCUCUCCAGUGAUCAUCUGCUGUAGCUAUGGCAACUUGGAACUCCUUGAACUGCUGGUCCAAAAAGGUGCUAACAUAAAUCAAACAAACUCCUCCGGAAAAUCGGCCCUCCAUUAUGCCAUAGUGGGCAAUCACAUGGAUAUUAUAGACUUUUUGAUGAAGAGACGCUGCGAUAUUGAUACCAUGGAUAAAUAUGGUAUCACACCUCUACAUGUCGCCAUAUGCAAAUUUAACACAAAAGCCACACAAAAACUUAUCAUGUACGGAAAAUCGAUGGAAAAUGAGGCAUUUUCUACAUCAUACGUAGAGUACUGUUUGAAAAUUGUAUGGAGCACGGGGGUACGGUCUAUGUUAUCAGAGCAAGUCUUCCAGCAGGCUAUAAAGAGCCUGAGCUGCAUGAAGCUCGUGGUAAGAGCUUUCGGAUUCAGACUACGUUCCUCUGUUCUGGAGAAACUUCGGAGGUUAGAACAAAACAUUCUUAGCCAGGCAAACUCCGAGUCUUUGGAAUUCAUUAAUCUCUUGUCAGAUCUGCGUCAGUUGACAGCUUGUGUGGAAAGAGUGACUUUACAGAAACGUUCUAUCAACUCUCCCAAUUCUCUUCAGGCAAUUUGUAUCUGCAAAUGCCGUGAACUCUGUCUUCGUGGAGGCACCAAUGUCCUGUUUGUGUGCGAGAGGCUGGAUAUACCACACUUUACGGCAGACAUGCUGACAUUGACCAGGUGACCGAUACUGUCACAUAGCCUAAUCAUAGUCCUAUAGGUCUUGUAACCUCAAAACAUACGGUACCCUUAAAGUUAUAAAUCACAGCGAAAAGGUCUUUAAUUCAUAGCCUACAGGUCUUAAAACCCCAAAAGAAAGCCUAAAGUUUUAAAUAACAGCUAGAAGGUCUCCCAAACAUAGCCUGCACAUGUACAUGUAGGUCUUUUAAGUAUAGUCCUAUUGGUCUAAUAACAUAGUCUAAGGUCAAACCUUCAGGUCUUAUAAAAUGGCUUGUAGGUCUCAAAUUUUUAUUUUUU